AUGGCUUACACUGUGCGAGUAUGUCCGACUCACGGCAGGGUUUGGUUCCCGGAAAGAAAGCUCCAGGGUUCGAGAAACAUUCGAUUCUCCAGUCUUCAAGAAGGCUCUGACUCUGACGAAGAUAAAACCGUCUGGGAAUACAGCAAGAAAGUGUUCGGCAACUCUUCCGUUAGUGGAGUCAACCACAUUGCGUUGGCGAAAACCAAGAGACGUCGAGCUUUCUGGUGCAUCAUUUUCUUGGUGUCACUGAUCGGAUUUUUUUACCAAUUCGGAGCCUUCCUGGUGCAGUACAGAGAGUUUCAGUCUAUUGUACAGAUCGAUAUACAAAAUGCCGGAUCUUUGAUGUUUCCGGCUGUGACGCUGUGCAAUGCUAACAGGUUUAAAAAGACAAAAUUUUGCAGUAAAUUUCGAGAUUUCUGCCCCAGAAAUCUGUCAACAAUGGAGUCGUUGACAGAGAAGGAACUUUUCAACUUCCAACUGACCAUUCUUCGUGAAGGGCGAUCUGAUCUGAGGCACUCCUUGGGGCAUUCCAUGGACGAUCUUCUGGUCAGCUGCUCUUUUUCAGGGGUACCCAACAUUCGGGCGGAGGGAUGUUAUCGCCGUUUCAAGGAGUUCUAUGACCCUGAUCUUGGAAAUUGCUACACACUGUCUCCAACAUCCGAGAGCGGUGAAGAAGAAAUGAUUUCUACCGAGGCUGAUGUAUGGCAAAAAAUGAGUGAUUUGGUUCUAGUGGUCAACGUCGAAACAAACGAAUAUCUGGAGCCCGACCGUGAUGCCGCGGUUCUCGUCACUUUCCACAGCCCGGAAGUUUAUCCUGAUCCCUUUUCUGAUGGCACGGAAGUCAAGCCCGGAAAUUCAUAUAAUUUCGGCUUAAAGAAGAAUAAUGUGGAAAUGCUUCCAGCUCCUUACAGCUCCAACUGUACCAAUUAUGAAAAACUACCUUGGGAAAAACUACAUGAUAAGACUUUAAGUACGAGGAUGUGCACUGCGGAAUGUUCACAGAACCUGCAGUUAAAGGAAUGCAACUAUGUGACCACUGAGCUCAGCCUUUUUUUCGACGCAUUGCCAUGGAAACAAGAAUCCUUUGAUCCAGAGAAGAUCGAAUGCGCCGAACGAGUGUCAAACGAGACGAAAGAAUAUUGUAGAUCUCUAUGCCGAGUCCCUUGCAGGCAAUCAACGUAUGAAGUCACCAUGGAUUCUUCAACUUGGCCGAGACGUGCAAAAGUAUCAGAAGAAGCUGAAUUAGGAAAGUGGAGACGAAGACCUUUCUACGAAAUAACGAAUAACCUAGCUCACGUGAGAGCAUACUUUUUAUCUAUGGAAGACACAACAUUAAAGCAUUCUCCUAAGUAUCAGCCACUGGAAAUGUUCAGUCACAUUGGAGGCUAUGUCGGCAUUUGGUUGGGCAUUUCGCUUUUAGCACUCUGCGAGUUCAUCGAAGGCGCCAUUCGCGUCAUCACGUUUUCUCUCAGAAAGAGAAAAAGGAAAAAAGAGAAGUUUUCAGCGAAAUCAACUGCGGCACCUAAAAAGAAAAGAUUGCAAGCAAAUGUAAAACGGUGA